GGUUACCCGGGGUGAGGCUCUGACCCCGGCUGAACCAGGAGCGGUGGGAAGGACCGACACGGAGGUGAUGAAGAGUCCGGAGGAGCUGAAACAUCCAGAUGGUUUGAGGAAGCUUCAUGUGUCUCCUGCUCGCCAAAAGUCUCAGCAGCUGCUUGAUCUUGGAGCCCUCACAGUGCAUUUCAUCCAGAGCCUCCAGGCUUCAGUGAGGAGAAUUUGAUCAUGUCGGAUCAGUCUGUGGGGGCAAUUAUCCAGGACCAGCCGGUGCUCUCUCUGCUGGCCAAGCGUCAAGGAGCAACUGGUUCCUUCUCUGAUGAGGCUGCUUCCAUCCUGAGCUCCACCAACCAGCUGGCCCGAACCCUCCUGGGUCACACCUUCCCCCUCAAACGUAAAGAGAGCCCCGGCAAUGCUGAAGCUAUGGCCGGCAGCAGCUGUGAUGAAGACAGCGCUGGCAGUGCACGCCGCAAACGUGAGUUCAUCCCCAAUGAGAAGAAAGAUGAAGGCUACUGGGACAAGAGGAGGAAGAACAACGAGGCGGCCAAAAGAUCCAGAGAGAAGCGGCGAGCGAAUGACAUGGUUCUGGAGAGGAGGGUUCUGGGUCUGCUGGAGGAGAACGCCCGCCUCAAGGCCGAGCUGCUGGCCAUCAAGCUCCGCUUUGGCCUGAUCAAGGAUGCAUCCGAUGUGUCCAUCCUGCCACUGUCUGCACCCCUCUGUGCCCAGCCCAGUGCAACACAUUACUACCACAACGAUGCACCCUCAUACCUCAACACUCAACCGAGCGCCCACCAGAACCACCCUCAAAGUCAGGGUGCCGUCUAUAAAUCGAGGGCGUCCGAGCCUCUGUCCAGUCACAGUGCGUCUGAGGAGUUCAGCGCCUCCACCUCAUGUAGCUCAAACGUUGGCAGCCCGGUGUUUUUUGAUGACACACUGGUUCCUCAGAGGGAGCUGGUGGACGAGCAGCACAUCUGUCCAAUGGAGGUCAGUGAGAGUCAGUAUGUAAACAGACAAGAAGACGGCUUGAGGAGCCUCCCACAUAAGCUCCGUUUCAAAGGCCCAGGAGGCAGCAGUGAUGGAGGGGAGAUGUCUCCAGUGCCCCCAACAGACACAACGGCCUCCCCGUCGCCACAGUGGGUCCGAACAUCCAGAUCAGACAGCAGCAGCAGCCCAGAUGGGAAGCUCGGACAGAGAGUCAGGCUCCUUGGUCCAGAGAGGAGGCCUGCGGUGGGCCAGUAUCAGGGUUCGUCCUCUGGAUAUUAUAAUUCCUCCUUUCAGCAGAACUCCAAGGACAACAAGUGUUUGACUGAGGAAGUCAGUCUGAGGUCGCAGAUUGGCUGUUUGUCUCAGGAAGUGGCUCAACUCAAGAGGAUCGUCUCUCAGCAGCUGCUCUCUAAGAUCGCUUAAAAAAAACCUGAGCUGAGGAGGGUUAAAAGCCAGACUGAAGCCAACAUCGAACUCAUGACCUGCUCAGCUCCACAGUGCAGAAAGGCACCAGUGAGAGCAGCUACCUCUGACAAGAAAAACUUCAUUAACAGCGACUUUUUCUCUGUUUGCCCUUAUGAUGAACAACAACAACACAUUUAAUAACCUAAAAGUGUUUUCCAUCUGAGUCAUGACAUGGUCCCAGGAUUGUGCUGAUUUCAGUGUAUUUGAAAGAUGCUGUACAAUUCUUAACUAAACAGGUCAGUCAGAAACAUUGGAAGGGGAUGUUAGAUGGUGUAAAGCAAAGCGUGAUUCAUCUGUAAAACAACUGUGAAGAUACACACCUUUCCUCACAUGUGUCUUCAUUGAAGCAGCUUACAUUUGUUUGUUGUAUAACAUUAAAUAUGUGAUAAAUGCGAUUAAAAUGACUUUUUGGA